AUGAUAAAGAUCCUACAAAUAAAUGUUAAUAGAAAUAGUGCUGCUACUGAGAGCGCGCUCAAUCUAGCUAUCCAAAUGGACGCCAAAAUCGUCGCAGUACAAGAGCCCUGGCUACCCAAGGGACCCUCGUACGCAAAUACUAGAUCUACCACUCACCAGGACUAUACUCAGAUACUACCUAUCUUAGAGGACAGCUUCUUAAGGCCAAGAGUACUCUUCUAUAUUAGAAAAGAUCUAGAUGUAGAGGUUAAUUCCUUUAUUAGCGACGAUAACGACUUUCUAGCUAUUAAAGUACUAGCUCCUACGUCUAGCUUCUAUAUCUACAACAUUUAUAACGAGAAAAGCCUUCAAGAAGGCCUAAACCAAACGACAAUC